GUUUUAUUAAUUCUCCAUUCCGUAAUUGUUUACGAAGUGUAACGAGAUGUAAAAUGACACCACAAAAACCAAGGAAAACUGUGUCGCCUUGGGAACAGUGUGAAAGUUGUCUAACAUCUUUGCAACACAAAGAUACUAAUUUUCAUACUAGUGAUUGUCCACCUGAUUUAGAGAACAUUACAUAUAAUUUUAUCAAAGAAGGAGUGUUAUUUGGAACAGUAGACCUAAAAACAAAUGAGGAAAUUAAAAACUUGAGUUCUAGGGAGAGAGAUAAUUUAGUAUUUCUCAGUGAGUCUGUAAUUCGUCUGUGCUCAUUAGCUAUAGGGGAAUAUGUUCUCGUUCGAUCUGUUAAUAAGGAUCUUCCUCCAGUUGCUAGGAUUGUUUGGCCAACAGUUGAGAAGACGCUCACCUCUGUGUUGUUUACAAAAAAUGGCCUUGAAGUAAGCUCUUUUGGCAUCAAUCAAAUAGUAGCUGUAUCGAAAUUGCCAAAUCACCUGAAUAGUGCAAAUACCAUAACAAUUGUUGCCUUAAAUGGACCAAAAUCUAUGGAAAUAACAUCAGAACUGUACAACAGAAUCAGUAAAUCUUAUGAAGGCAGGUUUAUAACAAUUGGUAAUGUAAUAAAUGUGAUGUUUUAUGGAAAACAGUUGAAAUUCAAAGUUGAAUCUAUUAAAGCAAAAAAUACAAAUUGUAAUGACUUGUACAAUAAUUUUAGUAGGAUGACUAUUGAGGAGAUUUAUGAAUUUGCUGAAGUGAGGAGUGAUACCAAAUGGGUACUAUACAGGGACAAUGACGAAUAUAUGACAAAAGUUAGUGAGAAUGAAUCCUCAACCUCGCUAGCAGGCGUAGAUGAAGAAAUGGAUGAAAUUCGUAUUCUCAUGAAAUCAUGUCUAGAAAGAUCAGAUACCGCCCGUGCAGCACGAACCAAUGCCGUUCUGUUGUUUGGAAAUUCUGGAACAGGGAAAACAACUAUUGCAACAACUUUAGCAAAAGAAUCAGAAGUUCAUGUGGUAAAUAUCAGUUCAACCCAUCUGUUUGGCAACUCCACAAUUACACCAGAAGACUCCCUGAGGGAUCUGAUAAAAAAUGCUUUUGAGUGUACUCCCAGCAUUAUUCUCAUUGAUGAAAUUGACGCAUUAUGCCCCUCUAGAAGCAGUAGAUUAACAGACAGUGAAAAGCGAAUUGCAUCCACUCUACUUUCAUUGUUUGAAGAUUUGAACUCUAAGAAAAGUCUUAAGGUCUUUGUCAUAGCUACAUCUAACAAACCAGACAGUAUAGACUCAGCUUUUCGGAGAUGUGGAAGACUAGACAGGGAAAUAGAAAUUCCUACUCCUAGUCCAAAAAGCAGGAAAACCAUUUUGGAAAAACUUCUGGAGUCCAUUCCUCAUAAUUUAAAUGAGGAAGAGAUGCAGGCAAUAUCAAUGAAUACACAUGGAUAUGUGGGGGCUGACCUGGUAUCACUGUGCUCAAGGGCUGAUAUGAAUGCAUCAAAGAGAGGGUCACCUUCAGUGAAUAAAAAGGAUUUCGAAUAUGCAAUGAAAAUAGUUCGACCCAGUGCUAUGAGAGAAGUUCAAAUAGAGGUCCCGAAUGUAAAAUGGUCAGACAUUGGUGGCCAAGAUAACCUAAAACUAAUUUUGAGACAAGCUGUCGAAUGGCCUCUCAAGUACUCUGAAAGUUUCAUUCGUUUAGGAGUCACACCUCCUAAAGGUGUGUUGAUGUUUGGACCACCCGGUUGCUCAAAAACUAUGAUAGCGAAAGCUCUGGCAACGGAGAGUGGCUUGAAUUUUUUAUCAAUUAAAGGACCAGAACUUUUCAGCAAAUGGGUAGGUGAAUCAGAACGAGCUGUGAGGGAGGUGUUUCGAAAAGCUCGUCAAGUAGCCCCCUCUAUAAUAUUCUUUGACGAAAUCGAUGCUCUAGGUGGUGAGCGAAGUUCUGGUUCGAGUACAAGUGUACAAGAAAGGGUCUUGGCGCAACUAUUGACAGAACUUGAUGGGGUUACCUCAUUGGGGGAUGUUACAAUUGUGGCAGCUACCAACAGACCUGACAGAAUUGAUAAGGCUCUGAUGAGACCAGGAAGGUUGGACCGAAUAGUAUAUGUUCCAUUACCUGACUCCAAUACCAGGAGGGAGAUUUUCAGGAUAAAGUUUGCCAAAAUGCCGGUAUUGAAUGUGAGCAUAGAUGAACUAGUUGAGAAAACCAUGCAAUACUCAGGGGCUGAAGUCAAUGCAGUAUGCCACGAAGCAGCUAUGGCGGCAUUAGAAGAGAGUUUGGAGUGCCAGCAUGUGGAAAGCCGACAUUUCGAAAAGGCUCUGAAGCUGAUAACCCCAAGAACACCUUCGAGUCUCAUUAAGUUGUAUGAUGAAUUUUUACAAAUAAAAAUUUGAAAUAAACAGUGAACAAUA